AUGACUGCAGAAAGAGCCAAACCCGAGCCUCUCUGGGUUUUUGAGAAAGCGGCCCUCGCGCAUGCGCCUGAAUUCGAUGUGGCAUGCCCAGUUCGACUGCGCAUCGCUCAUAACCAGAACGACGACCAGGGAUCUAUAUCAAUACGAAUCAACGCAGCUCUAGCUGAGCUUGGAAAGCAGACUCUGAUGCUCAACAUACGGCCCGAUGAGGUUGACAUGUGUACAGUAGUCGCUAAAAGCAAUGACAAGCUCAUACCAGAUCGCAUGUUCUCCAUGGUGCCCGUUUCCGUGACCAGUUCAGCUGCUGUUUCGACGCUCAUACUAUGCCUCAAUGCUACAGGAGUCGUCAUAGUGCCACCGUCGGCUGAUGGAGUGACUCUGAGUCCAGCUGAGCCAGACGACGCCGAGCUUCAAGCCUUUGCAAAACUCUGCCAGAGCAAAACCAUACAUCUGCAUCUAUCCAAGCAACAAUUCAGAGAUGGCGAUCUGCAUCGACUCCGUACCUUCUCUGGCGCCAUUCGCGCCCGUAUGCUCAAACCACAACCCAUCGAUUACAAGCGCCUCAACGCAGGACAUGGCGCUAUCGAAAAAGAUUGGCGCAGUCUUGCCCAGACGAUAGAUCCUCCACCUUAUUGCGAGCCUGUACUAGCACAGAGUGUGCUUGGAAAACGUUCCCGAGCAAUUUUCUGCUCCCCACCGCCCUGGUCACCUACCGAAGUCAACACGCCAACAACCCGCUCGCUAUCGCCUGCUUACAUCUCUCCCACCAAGUUUACAAAGGAUACAAAACAAAGCUAUAGAGAAAGGAUCAAGGUGUUGGAGCUACAGCGACAGCUGCAUGGUCUGCCCGAUGAGGCAGUGCGCGAAGUCUUGACAGGUUCAGGACACCGACACCUACUUGUUCCAGAAACGCAAGCUGCUGCCAAUAAGCUAUCAAAGAAUGUCAAUUUGGUCCCUGAUCGACAGGUUUCCCCGUCGGCGUCUCCCGAAGCUGAAGAGGCUGCCUUGGUCGCCAAGGUCGACAAGAUCAUUGAGCAACGCUUAAGUAAACUGACCAAAGACGCUUUCAAGUCACUUACUCAGAGGCGUCUACACGCUCUCGUGGAGUCGCAAUUGCCACUAGCUGCUGAGCUAUUCCUCAAUGGUGCAGUAGCUGACCAUCGCGACCGAUUCUAUGAAGAAUGCAAGACAAGUGAGAUUAACGUCCGUGAACACAUUGACGAAGGCAUCACCGAGGUGCGCGAUGUCACCAACGAAUGCACCAAGGAGAUCUCCGAGCUAGCUCAGCAAUGCAUGGACAGUUUAGAUGAGCAUAGCAAAAGUCUCGAUGCUUCGGCGGAGCAGGAAUUAUCAAAGCUCAAGCGCUGGUUCGCCGAGCUGGCUCAGUCUUUCUUUGAUAGGAAGAAAGAUAUCGAAUCAAUGCCACAUGCAACGGCAAGACGAAUUUCUAUGUAG